UCGCAUCUCGCUGACAGGGACUUUCCCUCGGCCAAGCCCGUGUACGUCCUCUUCUGUCAUGAAUUUGACCAUUGUGAUUUCUGCCCAAAUCAGAGCCCCAGUUAGCGGCCUUGGCAUACCCUUGGCCCUUUCUCCGCGGAUAUUGGCCUGCAUCCCGGCUGACUGCCUGAAACGACUGUCUUGUGCCUGGAAUAUUGUUGGUUCGUUGCGUCGCACAUUGUACCACUUAAAAUGGCCUGACCCUGCCUUGGCGUUGCCCUUUAAUAAAAUAACCCGUAUCGUCCCGCACUGUAUCCAGUACUUAGCCGUUGGUAAGGGCACGGAUGAUGGGAAUGAAAUAAUGCGAUGCUCCCAGGCAGUCACAUCGAUCCAAAACGCUCAGGGUUCGCACCAAGCCUUGUACGUUUUGCCAUUCAACUCCAUCGGAGCUUUACCUGCGGGAAUGCCAGAGUUCAGCGCAUUCGCGAUAUGGUACAAUUACCUCUUUUCUAACUCUCCUCUUUUGUUUCGUCCUUUUGCUGGUAUUGGUAUACCGACACAUUGCAAAUUAGAAUUUUCGUACACUGGACACUUAUGCACCAGUUCCCCCUUGCUUCAAGUGUUUGUUACACUUUUCCAGUGCUUACCCACGCUACGCUGCGCAGCCAUAGGGCAGAAGCGCCCAGUCCCGGUUGGCUGGGAAAUAAAAUACAGGCAACUUGCGUCGGAAGUAAAGCAGCAUCAUGCAAGGUGCAACAGCUGUGGGAUAAUAGAACAGUACAUCGCAUAAAAUAAUCAACGGGCCUUAGAGCAGACAUGUGCCCAACAUGUGCUGAAUGCAUAUGUUUUAUGCACAUGUUACAUGCGGCCCAUCGCCCAUGGAUGGGGUUUGUGGAAUGCACAAUUUUUGGCCGGUGCUCUACAUAAACCUUGUGCAGGGCCGAGAGGGGCACAACCCGUCUAAGAUGAAGAGCAUCAAUCAAAGAGCUUCAUUGAACCCUGAAAUAUUAGACAAAUUCAAGAUUU